GUCGCUCAUAUUGUGGUUGCGCUGGCAAAUUCUACUUCACGAACAGAUCCUCCUAAAAGUUACCAGCAGUAUUUUCGUUGCUUUAUUGAUGACGCUUGGUAUAAUUUUGUACCCAGAAAUCUGCUAAUGCUUGCAAACUCUAGAUAUUGAACGUUAUUUAAUACGGGUCUUACGGUUUAUACAUGCUGCUAUUAAAAAAGACACAAUUUUGACAUGCACUACUGUUCCAUCAUUCUAUUUCUUUAAGUGAAGCAUAUCUCUGUUAAGGAAUUUUGACAUUUGCACUAUGAUUGCAUCUUUCUGAAAACCAUACUAGUUAAAGAAUUUCAACCCACUUGCAAUUUGCUAGUGUUGCUUCUAUAUAUUGCCAUCAUUGAGAUUAACAAUAUUUUGUCUUCACACCAGUAGAAGAUUACUAUUGGUUUGCACUUUCCAGGCACUUCUACACAAACAAUGUGUAACAUUGUCCUAAGCCCUAACAUGUUUGUGACGCGUGAACAUUAUUCUUCUGCAUCAUUCACUUUCCAUAUGGAAACUUGAUUUUAUAAAUAUGUCCGUGAAGUUGUGUUCACUUUUUGUGGAUAAAUCUUCGCUGAUUUUGAACAUUGGAGUUGAACAAGACACUUGUCCGAAGUGAAUUGCAUGGAUAUGGGAAUGACCCCUGAGCUAAUGUAUGGACAGAAUGUUUUUGUUCCUGCUGCUGCAAAUCCCUACCCAUAUGGUUAUGCAGAAGUUGCAUCGCCUAUGGAAUGGUAUAACCACCCGAACUCUUUAGGAUAUGAUGGUCAAGAUCCUUUUUACAUGACCGAAGGCAUGCAAUGCGUAUACUAUGCUGCCCCGGACAAUGGAUCUAUGCAUCCUUCCUGCAGUCCUUACCCUGUUGAUCCUUCUUACAUAUCCGAUGGCUCAUUUGUGCCCCAGGAAUAUGUUGCUGACCCUGCUAGCUCCACAUGCCAAAUAGCCACCACCCCUUAUUACAUUUCAGCUGUUCUUCCUUAUGCACAAGAUAGUGUCCCAGGAAGCGUGACCGCACCUCUUCACUGCAAUGUUGCCUUUCUCCCUGCCAUACCAGGUUAUGCUGCACCGUCGGCGGCGAAUGCAGCAUUUCCAUUAAUUGCUCCUGUUACCACCAAAAGUGACAUUGCUGCGAAUCCACCUGUACAGUCUACUAUUGUCUCUUCAAAGCAGUUUCAGGACCAUGCAAAACCGCCAAAGGUACAACUGCAUAAUUCAGUUGCACAGAAGCAAGAAUUGCCAGAUAGAUCCAUGGCAUCUAUUAAACCCCCUCACACUUCACAGGCAUCAGCACAUUUGCUUGAAAGGCCAAUAUCUGCCGCCAAUCCUUUACCAAAGGCAAAACUGUCUGGAAACUUUGGAUAUGCUGCAUCUGAUCUUCAGAAAUGGGCUGCUGCUGAGAAAUUUCAGCCUUCUUCAAAGUCGAGUGCUCCUCUAAAUGCUCCUGGCCAAAAGGUUCAUUUGUUAAAUGAACAUAGCUUAGCUGAUUCCAGGAAACCAAGCAAUCAGAGGAGCUCUGCCAUAAUUGUGAGAUCGUAUACGUCAAGGCUCCCUGUUGGUAAUCCAGAUGGGACAAUCCUUAUAAGGACCGACGAAUACAACAGAGAUGAUUUCCGGAUGGAUUACACAUAUGCAAAGUUCUUUGUUAUCAAGUCAAUUGGUGAGGCAGAUGUCCACAAAUCAAUCAAGUAUGGUGUAUGGUCAAGUUCCUCCAAUGGUAACAGCAAGCUGGAUAGCGCAUUUAGGGAUGCUGACAGGAUAUCGAGGAGGAAUUCUACCAAGUGUCCGGUUUUCUUGUUCUUCUCUGUGAAUGGCAGUGGCCACUUCUGUGGCGUGGCUGAGAUGGUUGGCCCUGUCAAUUUUCACAAGGACAUGGACUUCUGGUGUCAGGAUAAAUGGACCGGAUGCUUUCCUGUGAGAUGGCACAUUGUUAAGGAUAUUCCAAAUUAUUGUUUGCAGCAUAUCACACUGCAGAACAAUGAAAACAAGCCUGUCACACACAGCAGAGAUACACAAGAAAUACCAUACAUCCCUGGAAUGUCUGUGCUCAAGAUCUUUAAGGAUAUGAAAGUAAAGGAGUGCUUGUUUGAUGAUUUCAUGAAGUAUGAGGUGGAAGAAGCGCAAUAUAGACCUCACCGAAGGUGCAAGCUGAGCUAUAAUGCCCCAGAUUUUGUACCUGCCUCGCAGAGUACAAAGGAUGCAUCUGACACUAAGCAGACAAAAUCCAGGAGCGUACUGGUAGACAGGACAUCAGAAGUACAAAAUUCGUCAGAGAAGCAAAAUGAUCCUAAGAUGGUCAAAUCUCAGGAGCCAUGUGUAGAGCUUUCUGAAACACAGGCGAUUGAGACUGGGAAAGAGAAUGGACGACAAGAAAACCAGUGCAGUGGCAAUCAGAGCCAGGAGGAUGCAGCAAAAACUGUAACUAACCAGCCACCAACUUCAAGCUUGAAGACAGGGGCGGAUGGGAAGCAGCAAUACUGGAAGAAGGUUGAGAACCCACGGCAGCACACAGACAGUGCCCCUCAAGGUUCAUCAAAGCCACCUGAAAAGCGUCUAAAUGGAGUCCGUAGCUCCACUGGUGCAGUAUCAGACAGCAGCGAAGAACAGAAGAUCACCGCCAAACUUGGUUCGCUCAAGAUCAAUUCCACGACAGGGGAGGCUGACCGAAAGAGCAGCACAGUUAGUGUGGUGACAAUUGGUUCGAUGCCUGUUCAGGUUGACUGUUCGGAGGUGUAG